UGGGACCCCAAGCGUUUAGGGCAAGUUUCCGGGGCACGGGCCACCACAGCUCGCUCAACACCUGCUGAAUUUUCUGGUCGCAACCAAACCUCCUCGAUCCAGGACCUGAUCAACCAUCACGGCUUCUCAACGCAGGCAAACCUGAGAUACCUCUCUUCCUCUUUACGAAUUGAGAAUCUCGCCCCGAUCGGCCAACAACCGCCAAAAUGGUCCGCACUUCCGUCCUGCACGAUGCUCUGAACAGCAUCAACAACGCCGAGAAGGCCGGCAAGCGCCAGGUCCUGAUCCGGCCUUCGUCCAAGGUCAUUGUCAAGUUCCUGCGCGUCAUGCAGCGUCACGGCUACAUUGGCGAGUUCGAGGAGGUUGACAACCACCGCAGCGGCAAGAUCGUUGUCCAGCUCAACGGCCGCCUCAACAAGUGUGGUGUCAUCUCUCCCCGCUACAACGUCCGCCUCGCCGAGCUCGAGAAGUGGGUUGUCAAGCUGCUCCCUGCUCGUCAGUUCGGCUUUGUGAUGCUCACCACCUCGGCCGGCAUCAUGGAUCACGAGGAGGCUCGUCGCAAGCACGUUGCUGGCAAGAUCAUUGGCUUCUUCUACUAGACGCUUAUUAAAAAACAAAUGUGAGAUGAAUGGGAAUGGAAAAAGUAAAGUCUCCGGCGUGUGUGCGGCGUUCAACUGCUUUUUGAGGGAUACCCUACCGUGAAUAGAAACGGCCUGCGUGUUCAACAGGAUGCCGCAGAUAAUUCCCACUGAAAUGUGACCAAGUUCGCCAUCAGAACCGUGGGACCUAUUUCCGUACAGAGUAUUGGAUUUCUGCGUGAGACGUGUG